CCGGAGAACCUGAAGAGAACCCACGCUGACACUGGGAGAACAUGCAAACUCCACACAGAAGGCCGUCCAGCCUGGGAGGCGACAGUGCUAGCCUGUGCAGCCCGGAUGACCACAAGUGGACCUUAUUUAGGAAAAAAUAUGUACAGUAGUCAAUGGUGCAGCAUCGGAUCACAGGGCAGGUGAUGGCACUGAAGAUGAACACUCUGGCUAGCAACAAAGCUAACAUGCUACGGGAAGUGCAGCUCAUGAACAGGCUUUGCCAGCCGAACAUACUCAGGUUUCUUGGGGUUUGUGUGCAUGAAGGUCAACUCCACGCUCUGACUGAGUAUAUAAAUGGAGGCAACCUGGAGCAGCUGUUGGACAGUGACCUGUACCUGUCAUGGUGCGUCAGGAUUGGUCUGUCCCUGGAUAUCGCCCGAGGGCUGCAGUACCUGCACAACAAAGGCAUAUUCCACAGAGACCUCACCUCCAAGAACUGUCUGGUUCGCUGUGAUAACGGCAUGUUCACUGCUGUGGUGGGAGACUUCGGCCUGGCAGAGAAGAUCCCUGAUUACAGUGAUGGUGGGGGGAAGCAGCCUCUGGCCAUCGUUGGCUCCCCCUACUGGAUGGCCCCUGAAGUUCUGAGAGGGGAGCUGUACAACGAGAAGGUGGAUGUGUUUGCGUACGGCAUCAUCCUGUGUGAGAUCAUCGCCCGGAUUGAAGCCGAUCCUGACUUCUUACCCAGGACAGAGGACUUUGGUCUGGACGUGGUUGCAUUUGAGAACAUGGUUGGGGAUUGUCCAGCGGCCUUCUUAAGCCUUGCUGUCACCUGCUGUAAUAUGAGUGCAGAGAGGCGUCCCUCCUUUUCUGACAUUGUCUUCACAUUGGAUGGCAUGGAGAGAGAAGAGAGAGAGACGUCCAUUGCAGUUGAGCCAGUGGCAGUAGAAGUUAGUUGGACAUGUUACCCCCGGCAACCCUGACCCCUCCUCUCCUCGAGACCCCUGCGCGGGUCAACCCCUUCUCUCUCAGACAGGACUUGAAUGGGGGGCGUUGUAAACUCUUAGACACACCAAGCAAGUCUGUCAUCUCCCUGACCUUCACCCUCCCGGCGCUUCGCGACCCUUGUUCCUCCCCCCACCGUCUCAGAGGGACGCAAGCUCUGCCAGUCGCUUCCCUGUACUCCAGAGCUCAGCCAGACUGUAGCCUUGUCACGAGACACUGAGGGGAAGGAGGAGCAAAAGGAGGAGGACGUCAGAGCGGUGAUUAGACCAGGGACAGUGGAGGAUGUGGAGGAGGACAUGAGGAAGAAGACAGGGGCCGUUUCUCAAUACCAAGUACGGUCAAGUAUGGACUUGCAAACUUGCAAGUUCAUACUUGGAUAGUUCGACUCGGGAGUACAAACUCCCGAGGAUGGGAGGACGCAGUACGGUCAUUUUGCAAUUGGAACAGCAGCGAACUUGAUGACGUCACCAACGUCACGACGUCACCAACUCAGCUCGUCGGUCCCGCC